AUGAGUGGUCCUUUGGUUCAAGUGGAUGAAGACGUGGUUCCCCUUAUAAGACAGCAUCUAGGGGUUUCGGUGUUGGUAGGAGUGUUUCUGGUGAUAUUUGCCCCCAUCUAUGCUCUGGUCAAGGUGGCUGGCUGGGCUCAUAGAGCAACCCCAUUCCAAGGGAGGCAUGCGUAUCUUCAGGCUCUCGUCGGUACUCUGAAAUAUGAGUUCAAAAGCCGCAAGUCUCUCAAUGUCAUUGUUUAUCUGGACGAUUUGUAUUUGCAAGAUCUCAAGGCUAUUAUAGGCUUGUUUGAAGCUACAUCUUGCUCCAUCAUGUUUGAAGAACGAUGGCUGCAGUGGCAUUAUCCUGCUGUGCGAUCGCGUGUGGUGGGAAAGUAUGAAGCGGACUAUAAAAUAUUCGUCGAGCACGCUGCUGAAGAAGCUGGGAACAACGUUCUUUUGGCUAUUUCGCCAAGUUUAGAGGAGUUCGAAGUGGAUGAGACCGACGAUGGCGAUACGCGAGGUAAUAAAAUUAUUGGGAAAAGACGGCGGGUCUGGCUUGGGGAGGAUCUAUAA